CCAAGGGCCAAGGCCAGUCACGCGGCUGGUCUUUUUCUGUCUCGUCUCUUCUCCCGCGAAACGGUUCCAAAACAAAGAAUGGAUCUCCUCUACAAUGCAUACUCCAAAUCCGACGACGACGAUGAGCCGCGGCGGCGACCGGAACCCAAGCGGCCUAAAAUCUUCACUCCUCCGUCUCAUCACCAACUCCAGCCCCAAUUUUCAGGUUUAGGGCACCCUCCUCCGGUGAAGCGUCUCAGAACUGAAACAGUCGUCAACGUUCAAACAGAUGCUCCGGCUCCGGGAAGAUACAUAUCCAAGCGGGAGCGAGCUCUCUUGAGUAAGAGUGCCCCGGUUGCUGAACAGUCCCUUGUUGAUGAUAAUCAGGAUCAGAACCCUGAUGCUCUCACUUCCCCUGUUCGAGUAAGUAUCAAGGAUUCAGAUUUACCCUAUGAUAUCGUAUCAACCUUGAGAAACCCGAGUGAUCGUGCAAAGCUAAGCCAAAUACCUGAAAGGAUGUCCAUAGCUCUUAACAGCCAUAAAAAUGCAGUCAAUGCUCUCAAUUGGUCGUCCAACCAUGGUUUGAGUUUGAAAAUUAGUCAAUCUACAGGUCAUCUUCUUGCAUCUGCUGGGAUGGAUCACACUCUCUGCAUGUGGAAUGUCUGGAGCAGAAGCCAGAAAACAGCUCAUACAUUUAGAUUCCACAGUGCAGCAGUAAAAGAUGCACGAUGGUCCCCUCAUGGAUUCACUGUACUUUCCUGUGGGUACGACUGUUCUUCCAGGUUGAUUGACGUGGAGAAGGGAAUACAGACUCAGGUCUUUCAGGAAGAUCAGGCAGUUCUGAUUGUGAAGUUCCAUCCACAGAAUUCAAACCUCUUCCUUUCUGGAGGCUCAGCUGGAAAAAUAAGAUUAUGGGAUAUUAGGACAGGGAAUGUUGUCCAUGAAUACAAGCGAGGUCCCGGUCCGAUUCUUGAUGUUGAUUUUACAAGAAAUGGGAAGCAGUUUAUCUCGUCUAGUGAUGUCUCUGGAUCCAACGUCACUGAAAAUGCAAUUAUUGUUUGGGAUGUUUCACGAGAGGUGCCAUUGUCAAACCAGGUUUAUGUCGAAGCCUUUACCUGCCCCUGCAUCAGGACACAUCCAUAUGAUCCAUCAUUCAUCGCCCAAUCCAAUGGGGAUUACAUUGCAAUUUUCUCUUUGAAACCCCCUUUCAAGCUAGACAAAUACCGAAGGUACAAAAGUCACGGGGUGUCUGGAUUUCCCAUCAAGUGCGAUUACAGUUUGGACGGCGAGAAGAUAGCCUCAGGCUCCUCAGAUGGCUCGAUAUACUUCUACAGCUACAGGUCAUCAGAGCUUAUCAGGAAAAUAAAAGCAUACGACCAACCCUGUACGGGCGUUGCUUUCCAUCCAGUCAUGCCGAAUGUGAUUGCUUCAUGCAGUUGGGAUGGAAAGAUCUCAAUCUUUGAGUGAUGUAGUUCGUUCCUAUUACUCCUUCAUUAUUGUCACAGCAGCUGGAAAGGGUGGUGAGAAGCAAUCUGGCCCAGGUGAUGCAUUCUUCAUGUUAUGAAACUCUCGUUUUCCAAAUUCUCUGUGUUGUUGCUUUCAUUCAUGCAGGGAGCCUGGAAAGUUUCAUGUGGGUUGUAGCCCCAGACAGUAAGAUGUGGGUAAUGCUGAAUAAUUUGGAGUGUGGUCGAGUGACCAUCACUUUGGUGCAGGGUUGGGAGACAAAAGGUUGAAUUGAUGGUGGGGUGAGACAGUUACAGGUUUACACCUUCCAUUAUUCGCAUGCGUGCAGUAGGGGCUCACUACUUAGAACCAAUGGCUUUCUUGUAUGUAUGUGUGUGUGACUGUGUGGUUUGUUAGUUUACUCUCCUUUUUUUCAUGUCAGCAGUGGAACCUGAGAAAGUGAAAUGUGAUUUUUGGCUUUGGGUUUGACAGUACUUUCAGGAAAGGGGAAGGAGGGUGGAAAGAAUGGAAGGCGAUAGGCAUUGAAACUGUGAGUCCACAUCAUUAGCUUGCUGGCUGGCUUGGUUUCCACUCUGAAUGGUCACUAUCUCAUUUUUGUGGAGAAACAUAACCUGAAAUAUCUCUUCUUUUUUGCCGUAUGGAUAAGCCCUAGCAUUAGCCCUAGCUUGUCAUGGAACUGCAUUCUGAUUGAAUAUCAUGGAUGACUUUCUUUACUUGAUAACUGAUUGAAGUUGAUGACUUCAUGAGCUCUUGCUGUUGUGUCUUUGUUUUGGAACCAUCAGGCGUUGUCUGUCACUACUCACCAGUAACAUAUAGAAUUGUCCAGAAGCAUUGUUUUGGAUGUAAGAACUGGAAUUUCUACUCUAUGUUCAUAGGCUUUAGUCUAGGCCUUGUUUGUGAGAAUUGAACAGCAAGGAGAAAAAGCCUGCAAUUAUGGGCGAUAAUUGUACGUGGGAGUUGGGGGACAGAGUGUGUCCUGUGCCAGUACAGAUGAAUAAGACAGUGCCAAGCUUGGAAAACUCUUUAUGGCCAGGCCCUGGCCGUUGAGGUCCAAACCAAAAAC